AUGGAAGAAAUCGGUAUCGUGUUGCCGGAAAGGGAUGAUAGUCAAGAUGCUAAACCAACUCUUCCUAAUUUAAACAAUGUAGAAGCAUGUUUAGACAGUUUAGAUCAUUAUUCUAGAUACAAGCGUUUACAAAGGUAUCUAGAAUUUUUGACUGUGCAAGAAGAAUAUAUUAAAGAUGAACAACGGAAUUUAAAAAAAGAAUAUUUACAUGCCCAAGAAGAAGUCAAACGUAUUCAAAGUGUACCACUUGUAAUAGGUCAAUUUUUAGAAGCGGUAGAUCAAAAUACUGGUAUUGUUGGGAGUACUACUGGGUCAAAUUAUUAUGUUCGUAUUUUAUCUACCAUUGACCGUGAAUUACUCAAACCAUCUGCUAGUGUUGCAUUACAUAAACAUAGCAAUGCUUUAGUUGAUGUAUUACCCCCCGAAGCAGAUUCUUCUAUAUCAAUGCUUCAGGCUGAUGAAAAACCUGAUAUCCAGUAUGCUGAUAUUGGAGGUAUGGAUAUGCAAAAACAAGAAAUUCGAGAAGCUGUUGAAUUACCUCUGACACAUUUUGAACUAUAUAAGCAGAUUGGUAUUGAUCCACCUCGGGGAGUUCUAAUGUAUGGUCCACCAGGGUGUGGUAAAACUAUGUUGGCAAAAGCUGUAGCUCAUCACACUACUGCUGCUUUUAUUCGUGUUGUUGGUUCAGAGUUUGUUCAAAAAUAUUUAGGAGAAGGUCCACGUAUGGUGCGUGAUGUCUUCCGUUUAGCUAAGGAAAAUUCACCUGCUAUAAUAUUUAUUGAUGAAAUUGAUGCUAUUGCUACUAAACGAUUUGAUGCUCAAACUGGUGCUGAUCGUGAAGUUCAACGUAUAUUACUUGAAUUGCUUAAUCAAAUGGAUGGUUUUGAUCAAACAACUAAUGUUAAAGUGAUAAUGGCUACUAAUCGAGCUGAUACUUUGGAUCCAGCUUUAUUACGGCCUGGUCGUUUAGAUCGAAAAAUUGAAUUUCCUUUACCUGAUCGUAGACAAAAACGUUUAGUAUUUUCUACUAUAACUGCUAAAAUGAAUUUAAGUGAAGAAGUUGAUUUAGAAGAUUAUGUUGCUAGACCAGACAGGAUUUCUGGAGCUGAUAUUAAUGCAAUUUGUCAAGAGGCUGGAAUGCAUGCUGUUCGAGAAAAUCGUUACAUUGUACUACCAAAAGAUUUUGAAAAAGGAUACAAAAACAACAUAAAAAAGGAUGAAUCUGAACAUGAAUUUUACAAAUAAGUUCAAAAUUAUUAAUUAUAAUUUUAUUGAAAUAAUAUACAAAAACA